AUGGAGACCUUCAAAAAGUUGUGGUUGGCUGAAAGCCUCAACAGUGGGAGGGGAUACCAGGUGGAGAUCCACCGCAGUAACGCCGUAAUCCAGCACAAGCAGAACAAAGUACAGGAGCUCAACACCAAGCUGGGCAUCCUUAUCGCUGCCGCUGGGCCUGGGCCCGGUGCGGUGGAGGUGCUGGCGCGUGUCGCCGCUGUCGCCAGCCUGGGCCCGGGCCAGGAGCUGGGGCCGCUGGAGAUCAUGAUCGCCUCGCUGCACAAGGCCAUCGACCAGCUGCAGCAGCAGGUGGACACCGUGCAGCAGUACUACAUCCGGCUGCAGAACGACCUCGUCUUCUCCACGCAGGAGCGUGACAAGCUCGAGCUCGUCGUCGAGAGGCGCAAGAAGGAGCUGCUGAUCAUGGACCAGCGCCGGCUGCGCGUCGAGCGCUCGAUCGAGACGGAGGCGGCCGCGCUGCACGCCGUCCAGCUCAGCGUGAAGCAGCUGCGCCAGGCCGUCUGCCAUCUGAACGUGCGCCUGGCGGGCGAGACGCAGCUGCACGACAAGCUGGCCGCCAACACGUCCGUCAUGGAGUACGAGCUCUGCCACGCGCUGCGGGAGACCGAGAUGCAGUGUGUGCAGGUGCGCGGCGAGAUCGCGCAGAAGGAGAGCACCCGCGCCGGCAUGCUGGAGCGUAUGGCCGAGGCCGGCGGCCGGGAGCUGCUCUGGGAGCAGAAGAUCACGCUGCUGAAGCAGGCCAAGCAGAAGCUGAGGGGCGAGACAGGCUGCGCCGCAGAAGUGCGCGGCAUGCGGCUCGAGAUUCAUCGCAUGCAGGUGCGCUACAGUCAGCUGCUGCGCGAGCAGGAGCGGCUGAUGACCGAGAUGGAGCGGGCCGUGGACCGGCGCGGCGCCAUCGCGCUGCGCGCCGAGCACGCCGACCGGCGCGGCCGCCAGCGCGCCGCCAGCUUCUUCCAGCGCCAGAAGCGGCUCGAGGACCUCAAGCGCAAGUUUAAAGCGGCCAGACGGGACGCGGCCCACCUGCAGUCGGAGGUGACGCGGGCUGAGCGGCAGCUGGAGGCGCUGCAGUCGGAGGCGCUGCCCGGCCGCCGCGAAGCCGUCCGCCAGCUGCAGGAGCUGCUGGGCCAGCUGCAGCGUGAGCUGCAGCACUGCGCCCUGCUGCGCUGUCAGAACCUGGGCCGUAUAGUGCUGAAGCAGCAGAGCUCCAAGUUCUACCAGAGCGUGAUGGAGGGCCGCUACAGCCCGAUCAUCCGCUCCAAGACGCGUCUGCUGGAGGAGGUGGAUGGCGUGGACGAGAAACACAAGAGCGUGCGCAUGCUGGUGCGCCAGCUGCUGCGGGACCGGCCCGAGCUGGAUGCGCGCCUCGGCUUCGUCAAGGAGCUGCUGAAGCUGUAGCUGGCCCUGCUGCCCUCGGCCGUUUCGCCUCCGCGGCGGAUGGCGCGCGGCUCUGGUCAGAGCGCUGGCCACGUGACGACGGGCCUGGGCCGCCGUCCGGUUCGCCGGCGCGACCCGGACCGGACCGGACCGGACCAGACGGCUGGACGGACCCGGCGCAAUGGGAGGCUUUACUGAUCUCAUCGCUAAGAGGCCGUCCGCUAGGGAACGCAGGGUCAUUGCGGGAGGCAUAGGGAGCGAGGUGGGGGACGGCCGCGAAGGAGUAAAUCGGUUGCGUGUGAUAUCGUGGACUGCGAGUCGAGGCUCUUAACGAGAGCUCGAACGAUGGUGGGCUCGAAGCAUGAGAUUGUCAGGAAAUUGUGCAGUUUUGCAAUCCUGAGCUGUGCUUACUCCAUUCUAAGGAUUGAAGAAUGCUGACGUCGGUGCUCUAGUUUUGUUUUCGAGCGAGUCACUUACCCGUCUAGUCACGUUUGGUUCAAGUCGAUGGUAGUCAUGAUUGGUCAUUGUAGCAAACGAUCUCGACAGCCCUCUGCGCUUGUUAGCAUUCCAGGCAGGAUUUGUUUGGGAAAUACAUAUUGGCCGUUGGACCAGUUGGCUUUAUUUCGGUUAUCUCCAAACUGACCGAUAUCAGUACAGUCGCGUCUAUCUUAAUUGUAAGAAGCACAUACGCGGUAACAACACUAUCACCCAGCAUCCCCUCGACUGACAUCAAGCUGCAUCGAACCUCGGGAUUGGUGGAAAGCCCACCUCGGGGCCAUCUUAUUGGUGGAAGACCGGCAUCCAUUCCCACCCGGCUUCGCGAUUGGUUGAAACCCGCCGUCCGCGCCUCCGGGUCGGCGAACGUCGGUCUUCGCGCCGCCGGACUGGCGGACGGUCCUGUUCGGCGCCUCCGACCCGGUGGCGGUAGCGUCCCACAGUCGCCAGAUCAGAGCAGCACGGACCACAAGUGGCGGCGCCUGGCCGGGGCCGCCCGGCUCCGCCCGUCCAAGGGCCACACCGCCGCCCGAGUCCGCCGCGGUG